GAGAGGAGAGAUGAUCUGCUGAAGCAAAGUCUCCUAAGACAAAGCCUUCAACAGCAGACUAAGACCUUGUGUGAUGUUUGUGAGCCGGCUGAGGUCCAGCAGCUUCAGGGAAGGUGGGAGAGCUCCUUACAGCCAUACAUGGAGGCCCAUCAGCUGGUUGAACUACGAGGUGAGAGUCUGGAGAAGCUAGAGGCCUUCCUACACACCCACAGUGUGGCGGCCGGCGUCCUUCAAGGCCUCAGACAGACCGUGGAGAGCGCUGGGAGUUGGGAUAAAAGCCGGGUGGACGAGCUGCAGAAAGACCUCGAAGCUGUUGUUCCUGAUAUCAGUCGCCUUGAAACGCUCGCUGUGAAUCUGGAUAGCAGCCUCUGUAAGGCUCAUCUCCACCUGAUGAAUGGAAAGGUGACUCGGUCGUCGUGCCGCUCAUUGGCCGACUCCUUAAGCGUGGAGCUGGACGCUGUGAGGAACCUUCUGGGCUCCAAACAAAGUGAAGCUGAGGCUCUCGGUGCUCUUUGGAGCUCGUUCAGACAGCGGAAAGAGCAGCUGCUCAAAACAGUGGAGGAUAUCGAGGAGAAGGCAGAUAAACAGGGCCUGAAAGAGCCCAGUGUGCUUACUCUACAGCAGAGGCUUCGGCUCUUUAAUCAACUGGAAGAUGAGCUCCAGUCCCACCAGCAUGAGGAGCAGUGGCUCAGGGACAAAGGUCAACAGCUGGCCCACAGAGACGCUGAGCUAGGUGGAGAAGUACUAAGGGAAAUCAACUUCCUUCAGACCACCUGGGAAGACACCAAGAAACUCAUCGCUGAAAGGCAAGAGCAGAGCAGCACUUUGGUAGAGCUCAUGAAAGAUUACCAGAGUCUGAAGGCUUCAAUAAACACAAUAUUGGAGAGUGCUGAUGCUAUAUCCGACAUUAAAGCUGUCCUGAAAGACCAAGAGGACACACGGAGAUCCCUGUUGAAGCAUGAAGCCAUUAAAGCAGAGAUGGCCAGUAACCAGGAUGUACUAGAGCGAUUCUCCAGUAAAGGAAAGAAGCUUUUAAGUGAAUUAAACAAGAUCCCUGAUUGCGAUACCCAGAUUGUGAAGACAGAAAUAGAUGCCACAGUGGACCAAUGGCUAGAUGUGUCCGAAAAAAUUGAGGACAAUCUCGAAAGUCUCAAGAGGAGCUCUGCUCUGUGGGUGGAAAUCUACGAUAUCAGUGGAGAAAUCGAAAGCUGGUCCAACAGCUCGGUCAUGGAUCUUACAGAUGGACUCAAUAACUUCAACGAUAGCCAGAAAUCUGCAAACAAACUCUCUGAAGUCGAGGUGGAUGUUAGCCUGAAAGAAAAGAAGAUUGAUGCUUUACAAGAGAAAGUUUCAGAGCUGAAACGACUCUGCGGUGGCCAAGAUGCUCCUGCUAAACUGCAGGUCAUGGAGACGGACCUCAGAAGGAAAAUUAGUAACAUUGAAGAGUUAUGUGAUCAAGCCAAGGGCAACCUCCAAGAUUUCUGCUCUCAGAAGAAGCAGCUGGAAGAUUUUCUCAGCCAGAUGUCCGAGUGGUUGAAGAACGUUGAGAGAUCUUUGGUGGAUUCGCCAUGUGGAACAGCUCCUGAAGAAAUCUGCAGAGUGAAGGAAAUCCAAAAGGAGCUUCAGAACCAACAGACGAGCAUUGACUCAGCCCGGGAAAGCCUGAACACGCUUUGCAGAAAAUACCCAUCCGAGGAACUUGCCGGACUAGGUUCCUUUCUGACCGACCUCAUCAAGAAAUAUGAAACGGUCAAUCAGCUCUGUGUUAAGAAGCUUGGCUCCAUGCAGCAUGGCCUCCAGCAGCACUUCAAUGAUCUCGUCAAGGAGUUUCAUACAUGGCUCUCUGGACAGAAAGACAUUGUGAGAGAAUGUGCCGAUCAUUCUGGUGACAUGAGCGUGGUGGAACGCAAACUGCAGAAAUUGAAGGGAGCUCUGGAGCGGGUGGAUGAUGGAGACAGCCGUCUAACACUGGUGUGCACUGAGGGUGAGAAGCUUCUUCUUCACCUUCCCAAAGCCAGCGCUGGCCAAGUCCAGCAGAACCUCUCCUCCAUCCAGCAGGACUGGGACAGUUACGUGGAGCAGUGUAAACAGAACCAGCAGAACCUGGAAGAGAGCGCCAGUCUGCUCAGCGGUUUUGAGAGCCGUCUGCAGAGGUUGACCCGCUGGCUGGAGCACAUGGAUGUGAGGAUGAGCACAGAGCUGCCUGAGGGGAGACACAGUGAUCAUGAGCGAGUAACGCUGGAGCGCGUGGAAGAAUUCCAACAUGAAGUGCUUAAAGAGAGGGACUCGUUUGAGAGUCUGUGUCAGGAAGCUCAGUCCCUGAGUGAGGGGGGUCACGGAAGCGGGGCGGAGCUCAGGGUGUCUGCGCAGCUGCAGCUGCAGCAUCAGGCACUUCUCAAGGCGGCGAGGGAGAGACUGCGCAUAUGUCAGCUCAGCCUGCAGGAGCAGCAGAACUUUGAGGAGACGCUGCAGAGCACCUGGGGAUGGCUCAGUGGCGUACAGGAGCGACUCAAUUCACUCAACAGCACCAGCGGGAAUAGAGAGACCCUGGAGAAGAGACUGGGGCUGGUUCAGGACAUUUUGUUGAUGAAGGGUGAAGGGGAGGUGAAGCUCAACAUGACCGUAGGGAAGGGAGAACAGGUGCUGAAGAACUGCAGUAGGGAUAAACAGGAAGUUAUCCGCUCUCAGCUCAAGAGUCUGAAGGAUUCCUGGGCCAAUAUCCUCAUGACCGCCAUGAGCUGCCACAGUCGUCUGGAGUGGACCGUGGCUCAGUGGGGCAGUUUCCUGGAGAGUAAAGCUCAGCUGCAGCAGUGGAUGGAGAUGGUGGAGCAGGAGGCAGGAGUGGCUCUGCCGCAGCAGCCCGGGCUGAAAGAGAAGGCCUCGCUGCUGGAGCGCCUACGGGCCAUUCAGGCCGAUGUGGAGGUCCAUUCGUCAGCGCUGACCCGCCUGAAUGAGAAAGCUACAGAGUUGUAUGAGAAGACAGGAGACCAAGCAUUCGCAGAGGGACCGAAAUCUGAGUUCAACACCCAGUUUACCAACAUCACAGCUGUCAUUAAGAAUAAGGUACAGCAGACGAAGGAGAUCGUCAAGGAGCAUGAGCAGUACAUGGAGUCAGUGCGUGAGCUGAAUGACUGGCUCACAUCAGCUAAAGAAGAGCUUCAGCGCUGGUCAGACAUGUCUGGAGACGCUGCUUCUGUUCAGAGGAAACUCUCUAAAGUCAGGGGGCUGUUAAAUAAGGUACAGCAGACGAAGGAGAUCGUCAAGGAGCAUGAGCAGUACAUGGAGUCAGUGCGUGAGCUGAAUGACUGGCUCACAUCAGCUAAAGAAGAGCUUCAGCGCUGGUCAGACAUGUCUGGAGACGCUGCUUCUGUUCAGAGGAAACUCUCUAAAGUCAGGGGGCUGUUAGACUCCAGGAAACAAGGGCAUGAGCGUCUGACCCGUGUGCAGAGCUGUGGUGCCGCCACACGCGACCACACAUCCACGGUGGGCUGUGAGGUCCUGGAGAGGGAGGAGGCCGGGCUGCUCUCGGCCUGGGAACAGUGGGAGCGCGGAGCUAAACACAUGUGCUCCGGUCUGGAGGGCGUUCUGGCUCAGAUGGCCAGCUCGGAGCAGGAGUUCAACAGCCUAGCUGCGCAGCUAGAGCAGGACCUGCAGGAGUUCAGCGGCAAGCUGCAGGAGUGGCGCAUUAAACUGGAGCAGGGGGAGGAAAUAAGCUCUGGUGAAGAGGCUGUGCAGGGAUGGCAGAUAGCAAAGGACGCCCUGGAAGCACUGCUAAACAUUGAGCCCAUGUCUGACAAUUUGAAGUGUCUGCUGAAUGACUUGUGCCGGUUCUCCAGAGAUCUGGGCGCUCAAUCUGAGAGAGUGUCCGCCCUCAUUAAAGAAUACAACAGCCUCAGUCUCCAGGCGUCUCGAGAGUGUCAGGGAAAGGAGAAGCUCCUGGAGCAGCGCUUCCGUGCUGCUUUUCGAGACUUCCAGCAGUGGCUGGUCAAUGCGAAAAUCAGUACGGCCAAAUGUUUCGAUGUGCCUCAGAACCUGGCUGAAGCAUCGUCCAGCCUGCAGAAGAUCCAGGAGUUUCUGAGUGACCGUGAGCAAGGCCACGGCAAACUGAACACAGUGGCAGCCAGCGGAGAGCUGCUGAUGAGCAUCGCUCCCAAAGACAGAGUAGAGUCCAUCAGAGCUAAAAGCAACACAGCCAGAGAAGACUGGAAAUCACUCAUGACCAAUCUGCAUCAGAGAGAAACCGCUUUACAGAAUCUUCAGGCUCAGAUGCGGGACUUUGAAACGAGCGUGGAGCCGCUCCAGGACUGGCUGAAUGAAACCGAGGAGGCCGUUCAGGAGAGCAGCAGUCGGCUGCAUGAUCUCACAGCCAAGAAACAGGAGCUGCACAGGUUACAGUCUCUGCUAGAGGAAUUAGCCUCUAAGGAGUCUCAGCUGCACAGGUUGAGGGUGAAGGCCCAGCAGCUGUGGGACGGACACACGGCCGGAAAGGGCUUUGUGCACCGUGUCUCGCAGCUCUCAGCUCAGUACCUAGCUUUAAGCAACCUGACCAAGGAAAAAGCCUCUAGAAUCGACCGCAUCGUGUCCGAGCACCAGCUGUUCUCACAGGGCCUGAAAGAGCUGCAGAACUGGGUGGCUGAUACCAGUCACAUGCUGCAAACCUACUGCACUCCCACCGCAGACAAGAACGUGCUGGACAGCAGAAUGAUCAAACUCGAGGCUUUACUGACGGCACGUCAAGAGAAGGAGAUACAGCUGAAAAUGCUGGUGACGAGAGGAGAGUCGGUCCAGAGGAACACCUCCGCUGAGGGUGUACCGCUGGUACGCCAACAAAUCGAGGACCUCAAAGACUCAUGGGAUGGGCUGCUGUCGGCAUCUAUUCAAUGCAAGAGCCAACUGGAGGGCGCUCUGUCACAGUGGACCAGUUACCAGGAAGACGUGCAUCAGUUUGUGAGCUGGAUGGAGAUGGUGGAAGAGACUUUAAACUCUGCAGACAAACAGUGCUCUGAGAUGAGAGACAAAACCACCAACCUGGGCAAAGCCAAAUUGCUCCUAGAGGAUGUUUUAAGUCACAACAGCAUCCUUGAUGUCGUAUCCGUGAAGGGAUCCAACAUGGCAGAGCACUAUGUCACCCAGCUAGAGAUUCAGGACUUACAAGAGCGCUACAAUAUUGUCAAAGAUAAGGCCCAGUGUGCAGUUGCCAAAGCGGAGGAGCUGGUGUCGGCCCAUCAGGAGUACCAGCGCACCCUGCAUGAGUUUAAAGACUGGCUGGAGCAACAACAGGAGAGACUGAGCUGCAGCUACACACAGCUGGAGGGAGACGUCGAGACUCUAGAGGACACGCUACGCAAACUACAGGAGCUUCAGGUGCAUUGCACAGAGGGUCAAGCCCUGCUCAACACACUGCUGGUGACCCGAGAGCAGGUGAUUCCCUGGGGCGUCCCGCAGUUAGAGGACCGAUGCCUGGAGAUGGUCCAGCAGGAGUGGGGCUCGUAUCAGGUCCGGCUGGGUGAGACCAGAUCUCAGCUCAACAGCGCUCUGGCCAAACUCCGGCAGAUAGAGCAGAAGUUCCAGCGGUUGGAUAACUGGCUCAAAGGGAUGGAGACUAAAGGAGAGUUACGCUCUGGCCGCCGCUCUGACAGAGCAACAAAAGAGGCACAGCUACAGCUCCUGAAGGGUUGGCAUGAGGAGGUGCUGGCUUAUCAGGAAGAGAUAGAGGGUCUCAGUGUCCUGGCCCAACAAGUUUUAGAAGAGACGCCCAUCAGCAGCAGAGUCAGCACUAGAGCUACACAACUCACGUCACGCUAUCAUGCCCUGCUGCUACACCUGCUGGACACUAUUAAGCAGCUGAAGGAGGAGGUUUCCUGCAUUGAAGAAUCCCAGAGUGUCUUUAGCACCUUCUCUGAUUGGUUGAGUACAGCAGAAAAGAACUUCAGCAUUGUGGCCACCACCACCAUUGAUGUGGUCGAUCGCGUUGCCAUGGAGAAGAAAAUGAAAAAACUAGAGGCUCUGCAGGGCGACAUGGAGCUGGGUCACACCUUCCUGAAGACCAUGCGUGAAAAGACGGAUCGUGCCAUGACGUUCCUGGAGGAACCUGAGGCAGAGCAGCUCAAGGAAGAAGUCGACACCCGACUCUGCCAGCUGGAGACAUUGAUCAGAGCUCUGCGGUCAGAGCUCAGUGCCACAGAGAAAUCCAUACAGCUCUCCAAAGACUUCCUGGACAAAUAUAAGACUCAAACACAAUGGCUUACAGAGACAAAAUCACUGCUGGCGUCUCCAGUGGAGCCAAAAGCUGAACUUUACCAAAAAAAGGCUCAGCUAGCCAAAUAUAAGACAAUCCAGCAGACCAUCCAGUCCCAUGAGUCAGCAGUCAAAUCGGUUAUAGAGAAGGGAGAUGCACUUCUUAAAACAAUCCGUGACCCGUCUAUCAGUGAAGACAUCAGCAAGCUGAAAGCCGACUAUCAAGAAUUAUGCAAUGAUGCCAAGGUCCACGUUCAGAGUUUGACCGAGAGCGUGAGAGAGCAUGAAGUCUAUAACAGUGAGCUACAAGAAGUAGAGAAAUGGCUGUUACAGAUGUCUAGCAGGCUGGUCACUUCUGACUCAAUGCAAAGUGGCAAUCUAGAGACAGCCACACAACAACUAGCCAGACACAAGGCAAUAAUGGAGGAAAUAGCUGGUUUUGAGGAGCGUUUGACCAGCCUGAAGGACAAAGGCGAUCUCCUCACCAGUAGCUGCACGGAGCAAGUCCAGACCAAGAUCAGUCAGCAGAUCCAGGCACACCAGCAGGGAACCAGAGACAGUUAUUCGGCUAUUUGCAGCACAGCUCAGCGUGUGUAUCAGAGUCUUGACCGUGAGCUCCAGAAGCACGUCAGCCAUCAGGACACACUGCAGCAGUGUCAGACGUGGCUGUCCACCGUUAAAGAGGAGAUCCAGCUGCAGGCGCAAACUCCCUACGGCCUCCAAGAGGCUCUAAAACAGGUGAAGCACUUUAGAGCCCUACAGGAGCAGGCUAGUACGUAUCUAGACCUGGUUUGUUCAGUGUGUGAUUUAUCUGAUGAGCCUGUCAGAACCACAGCUGCCAAAAUACAGCAAACCAAAAUGAUGAUUGAGGAGAGGAUGACCACUUCUCAAGAACUGUCGAAUAGUUGGAGGGAGAUUAAAGAGCAAAAACAGGAACUCGCAACACUUUUCCAAGAUAUGGAACAGCAAUUGCAAAGUCUGUCCAGGAGACCUGCCGAGUUGGAGCCCAAGAUUGCUCAAAACAUGCUUGAUCAAGCCAAUGAAUUUGGCGAGCAGCUUCAAAGCAGACAGAGCACUCUGACUAAGAUGACAGAGCUUGUGAGUAAGCUGACAGAAGGGCAGGAGUCUCCUGAGCAUACAGAGAUUGGACGACUGAGCCAUGCAUGGCUGGAACUGUGCCAUCAGGCCAACAAACUGCAGGCUCAGAGAGAGGAAGAUCUGCAGAGGACUAAAGAGUAUCAUGACUGCAUCAGUGCCAUGGAAGCCCUCUUUGAACAGGUGUCCAAGGAAUGGGAUAACCUGGCCAGAACUGAUGCUGAGAGUUCAUCUGAUCAUUUGGAGGCUCUUCGGAAACUCUCGGUUGUUCUUAAAGAAAAGAAAAGCACACUUGAGGACCUCAAAGAGCAGAAGCAAAAAGUAAUGUACCACUUAAACCUGGAUGAUAAAGAGCUGGUGAAGGAGCAGAUUGGCCACUUUGAGCAGCGAUGGGCCCAUCUAGAGAGUCUCAUAGAGAGGAAGAUCCAAGACUCCAUUGUGACCCUUGAAGACAUGGGCCAAGUUGAGGCCCGUUUGAGGGAAGCUUGCGAAUGGGCUGAGGAGCAACAGCCUGCCCUAUCUGAAGCCAUGAAGAUGAGUCCUCCACCUGAACUAGCUCAGAGUUUCCUUUUCGACCAUCUAAGCAUAUGCAGUGAGCUGGAAGCCAAGCAGCUUCUAUUGGCCCAGGCCAUGAGCGAUGCAGAUAGGGUUUUAGCACAUCUCGGGCUAAACGAAAGGCAAAGACUGCAGCAGCUCAUCUCAGAAACUCAAGCAGAGGUAGAGUCAUUGAGCAUCAAAGUCGCGCAACGCAGGAAACACCUAAGCAAAGCCUUCACAGAGAGAACCCAGUUUCUUUUGGCUGUGAAUCAAGCUAUCACCUGGGUCCAGCAGAAUGAAAAGAAAGCACAAGCGGAGGAGUACAUAGCCCUUCUUCCUGAUGACCUAUCUAAGCAGGUGAGGACUUGCAGGAACAUUCAGAGCAGCUUGAGAGCCUAUCAGAGUGAGCUGACCUCCCUGUGGUCCCAAGGUAGGGAUCUGAUGAAAGACGCUGCUGAAGAAGAGAAAUCCGAGAUGCUCAACAAGCUCCAAGAGCUGCAGAAUAUCUUCGAAGUUGCCCUACAGAAGUGUAGCCAGAGGCUUCAGGAGCUGGAAAAAGUAUUGGUGACCAGGAAGUACUUCAAGGUAGAUCUCGAAAAGAUAUGCCAGUGGUUGAAGCAAGCUGAUAUUGUGACCUUCCCAGAGAUAAACCUCAUGAAUGGAGAUGCAGAAUUAAUUUCGCAGCUUACAAAAUACCAACAAAUAUUGGAUCAAGCCAUGGAGUAUGAAAACCUCCUUCUAACUGUGCAAAGAACAGGUCAAGAAAUACUUCCCACUCUGAAUGAAGUGGACCAUUGCUACUUAGAUGAGAAAUUGAUUGCUCUUCCGCAACAGUACAAUAAUAUUUUGGGACUAGCCAAGGAGAAACAAGAGAAAAUACAACAAGCCAUUCUCGCCCGACAGGAAUAUGCCUCCUUUAUUGAUGUGACCCACAAAGCACUUAAAGAACUUGAGGAGCAGUUCCACAACUUGGGGACGCAGUCCGUCGGCCUUAAGACUGAGGAGGUUGUCAGUCUUCUGGCUGAUUAUAAAGCCCUCCUGGAGGAGCUGACUAAUCUUGGACAAGCCGUCAGUGAACUUAACCAGAAGAAAGAGGGAUUUCGUAGCACCGGCCAACCUUGGAGACCUGAAGAAAUGGCCCAACUGGUUAGUCUUUACAACGGUCUGAAAAGAUUGAUUGAGCAGAGGGUAGAACAUCUUGACGACACACUGGAAUCUUUCGAGGACCAUCAAGCCAUGGCUAUGCAGGUGGAUUCAGAGCUGAAGGCCACCAAAGAGCAACUGGUGAAAGUCAAUGCAGAGACGCAGUCAGCUGAGGAGAGAUUGAAAAAUUAUCAUGCCCUGGCUGCUAGUCUUCAAGGUGCCAGCUCUCACCUCACUCGACUCAUGGAGCAGAUGGAUAAUCUGGCACCCCACAUGGAUUCCGCCGCACAUGAGGCUUCAAAGCAGCGGGUAACCUCUUGGCAAGAAGAGCUUCAGUCCUUACAGUCAGCUGUUGGGGAACUAAUUGUGGAGUGUGAGAACAGGUUUGUGCAGAGUAAAGACUUUGAGACUGAAGUCAAUCGGACCUUAACUUGGCUCCAGCAAAUCAAAGAUGAACUUGGCUCUGAGGUGGUGGUAGACGUCAAGGUUGAGAAGGUCCAGGAGGAAAUCAGAAAGCAACAGAUAAUGCAAGAGGAAGUUCAGUCAAGGCUUAGAAUAGUGGCAGCUCUAAGCACCAGAGAGAAGCAGAAGUACACUAGUGCCAAUGAGCUCGUUCCCCCUCAUGUGGACUCAAGUCUACAAGAAAUGGCCAAGCUGGAGGCUGACGUUCAACGUGCCCUCAGCUCCAAACAGAUAACGCUAGAGCAAGCUCUCGCCUUGUGCCAGAAGUAUCACUCCAGAAUGCAAACAGCUUGUGAGUGGCUGGAGGAUGCUGUGGGCUUCUUGCAGCAGGCCAGUCUUGGGGUGGAUGUGGAGAACUACGAGGAGUGUCUGAGGCAACAGGAAGACAUCAUGGCCACUGAACAGGAGUUCCUGGGUGUUCUUGAGGAGCUGGAAUCUUUGCCACCUCAACUUGAAAACCUGGUCAACCCUACAGCCAAGGAGCAACUUCAACUUAGUGUGAAGUCUGCACAGCAGAGAGGCGUAGAGGUCAGAGACCAGCUGCAGUGCCACCAAGACAUCCUGAACAGCUGUGUUGCCCAGUGGAAUUCAUAUCAGGAGGCCAGACAGACAGUCAUUGAGCUGAUGAAUGAGGCAGAGAAAAAGCUAACAGAGUUUUCCACAGCCAAGGCUGCAACAAACCAGGAAGCUGAAGAGAAACUCCGGAGUCAUAAGUCGUUAGUAUCCAUGGUGAACAGUUUCCAAGAAAAGCUGACUGGUCUGGAAGAGCAAGCGUCCCAGUUAGAGCUGAUUGGAAGUGACGCCAGUAAAGCCACCAUAAGCCGAUCCAUGACCACAGUGUGGCAACGCUGGACCAGGUUGCGUAGUGUAGCACGAGGUCAAGAAAGGGUGCUGGAGGAUACGGCCCACGAAUGGAGAACUUUCAGAGAAAAGAUGAUGAAGGUAAGAGCUGUAACAGAAGAACUAAAGGGCCGCGUUCCUGAUUGCACUGCUGAGAAAGCCUCCAAAGCCACACUGCAGUCGAAUCUGGACCAGUACGAGCUGGUUAGUCAGGACCUGGAGAGGGAGCUGUCUUCUCUAACUCUACUACGACAGUAUGCUCUCAGCCUGCUACAUGGUGUGGAGGUGUCUGUGCCAGCGGCUGAUCAUGAAAAAUUGCCUUGUCUGAGGGAGGUCAAAGCUGUGCAAGAUCAGCUAGAAAGUCUUCUGCAGAAGGCCAGGACAGGAAAGACUCGGGUUCAGCAGGAACUGUCGGACAGGGAAGGCGUGGAGAGAGGACUGAGUCUUGUCAAGAGCUGGAUCCAGGACUCCAGGGAGCUUCUGCUGAACCCCACAUCUGAUCUGGACAUUCUGACUCAAGAACUCGAGGUGAUGCAUGGAGAGCUGAUUACUCAUCGUCAGAAUGUAGACAAGCUUGCAGAACAGCAGCAAAGUAAAUACUUGGACCUGUACACUAUUUUACCAUCUGAGAUCUCAAUGCAACUGGCAGAAGUGUCCCUGGCACUGGGAUCCAUUGAGGACCAGGUUCAAGCCAAGGAGAGAGACAUCCAGAAGACCAGAGUUAUUAAAGAGGAGUUCAACUCCAGAAUUCAUGACGUGUCCGAAAAAUUGAAGGCUGUUUCUACGUCUCUAAAGGAAAAGGCCACUGAUAUUGAUCAGGCCAAAGAUGAGGCCAGACAUCUCUGUGAUGAACUUGACGGCUGUGGACGAAAUCUCGCUGAGCUAGAAGCAGCAGUGCAGGACUUUGGUCGCCGUAACCCUCUGAUAGCUAGACAGCUGGCUGAUGCUAUUGCCAAACUACGAGAGAUCCAUCAUCACACUCUUCGACUGGCCGAAUAUAAGACAAUAUGGCUAAAGAAGGCUGAUGCACAUCUAGAUGAAUACAGCGAGAUGUUUGAGUUCAUAGUGAAGUGGACAGACAGAGCCAGGAGCCUGGUGAAGGCCAACAUCAUCUGGAACUCCUCCUCACACCUGCAAGAGCAGAUCAGGAUGUAUCAGUCUGUUCUACGUGAGUCACGUGAGCUCCAUGGUGACCUGAGGGCCAUGCAGGAGAAGGUGGAGAUACUGUCUGAGACGCUGCAGGUGGAGGCAAUGGGACAGCAGGUGUCAGAACUGAGCCGGCACACUGAGGAGCUGGAGCAGAGCAUCAGAUUACGACUGCAGAGUCUACAGGACGCAGCAAAGGAUAUGGAGAGGUUUGAGACUGAAGUGAAGUCCCUGCAUGUGUCUCUGGAGCAGGUUCAAGCCACUCUUACAUCUCCAGAACUGUCCCGACUGAGUCUAAAAGAACAACUGACUCAAAGACAGCGUUUGCUGGCGGACAUGGAGUGCUUCAAGCAGCAGGUGGAGGCCGUACAGGACUGUCAGAGCGCUCUAAGAGUUCCUGAGGAAGUGGUGACCAGUCUGUCCAUCUGCCGCACUGCUCUGAAUCUGCAACAAGAGGCCAGUCAACUGCAGCACACCGCCAUCCAGCAAUGCAACAUCCUACAGGAGGCAGUGGUGCAGUAUGAACAGUAUGAACAGGAAGUCAAAAACCUGCAGGCCAUGAUUGAAGAUGCUCACCGGGUCAUUCAGUACCAACCUGUGAACACCAGUAACAUUCAAGAGCUGCAGACACAAAUUAACCAUCAUGAGGAACUGGCCCAGAAAAUCAAGGGCUACCAGGAGCAAAUUGCAUCCCUGAACUCCAAGUGUAAGAUGCUGACGGUGAAAGCUAAACACGCCACCACACUCCUGACAGUGAGUGAUGCAGAGGGUUUAACCGAGAGUCUGGAGGAACUGGACGGUGAUGCUAUUAAAAGAAAUACCCAAUCACAAGUCUCAAUGUCGGCUAGUCGCUGUCAGUCUCUCCUGUCUCCUGUGACAGAGGAGUCAGGCGAGGAGGGCACCAGCAGUGAGAUCUGCUCUCCUGCUUUCUGUCGAUCUCCCUCUCCUAUCACUAACCCUGAAGCAGCCAUUAGCAAGAUGUCCAUGGGAAGAGCCACUCUCACCAGAGCGCCCAUCCAGGAGCUGUACAAUCCCGCGCUGGAGUCUGUAGCGAGCUUAGAUGAUCUUCAGCGCUCGUGGGAGACCCUCAAAAGUGUGAUAAGUGAAAAGCAGAAGACGCUCUAUGAGGCUCUGGAGAAGCAGCAGCGCUAUCAGGGCUCUCUACAGUCCAUCUCUACUAAGAUGGAGUCUAUCGAGACCAGAUUAAAUGAGCCCCCUAUGCACGAUCUCAGUCCCGACAGACAAAUGGUCCUACAUCAGAAUCAGAUGGAGGAAAUUGUAAAACUGCAGAAUGAUAUAGAUGAUCUUCAGUCCAGCUUCACAGAAGAGCUGAUCUCUGAUGCGGUGGACUCGGACUCUGCGGAUCAGCUGGCCAUGCAGUCCACACUCACAGUGCUGACCGAGAGGAUGACCACCAUCCACAUGAAGGCUUCUGGAAAACGCCAACUUCUUGAGGAGCGACAGAGUGAACGUGUGGAAAAGCAGCAAGAGGCGCAGGCUUUACAGCGCUACCUGAACCAGGCAGACCAGCUGGACCAAUGGCUGCAGAGCAUUCGCGGUAACAUCACUUCCUGCUCUCAAGACUCAGACAUGGAAGAGCAACUCAGAGACUGCCAGAACAUGCUGCUGGAGAUCGAGGAGAAGGUGCUGGCUCUCUCCGAGCUCUCCAGACACAGUGAGAAUCUUCUGCUGGAAGGCCGGCCGGAGAACAGGGAAGACGCAGAGCAGCUGGCCAGGAAGUUGCGUACGCUGAAAGGCAGCCUGCUAGAGCUGCAGAGGAUGCUGCAGGACAAGCAGAUCAACAUUCAGGAUUCCCUUAAGGAGCCAUCAGACUCCAGUGAAUCAGACUCCAGUCUCUCCCAGAGUCCAAACAUGCAGGACUGGCUGGCCCAGGCCCGCUCCACACGCAGCCUACAGCACCAGGACACCCUCCAGAAACAGAAGGAGCUUGAAGAGCAACUUGCAGAGCAGAAGAAGCUGUUGAAAUCUGUAGCGAGUCGUGGAGAGGAAAUACUCACCCAGCAGGCGUCACCCGUCAGAAACACACUGUUUUCUGGCCCUGCGCUGCUGACGGAGAACGCUGAGACGCAGCUCUCCAACCAUGAGACAUUGGGAAAAGAAGUGACGGAGGUGACGAGGCAGGUCAGCCACAGCGAGGGGCUGAUAGGCGGCUCUGUGGGACUAUCUGAGGAAGAGCAGAUGCUGAUGAAGGACACCCUCGACUGUCUGACUCGACGCCUGGGAGCUCUGGACUCAGCACUGGACCGCCGCUGUGACACCAUGAGGAGCAGAAUGCGGGAGCUCACAGCUUUCCAGACGGAGCUGCACCAUCUCUUUACAGCGCUUAGUGAAAGCAAGUUCCAGAUUAUCCAGAAAGUGGCAGGAGUUCUUGACCACACAACAACUAAACAGAUUGAAACUAUUGCAGAGGCAGAGGAGAUGCUGAAAGACUUUGAGCACAGAAUAACAGAGCUGAAAGCCAGAGGGGCGGAGCUACAGCCGGACCAGUUCUCCACCAAUGAGCUGCUGAAGCUACAGGAUGCUUAUGAGGAACUAGUGAUGACUGUGGGCUCUCGACGGAGCGGGCUGAACCAGAACAUGUCACUGAAGAAUCAGUAUGAACGAGUUCUGCAGGAUCUAAUUGAUCUGGUGGACACGGCCCAGGAUAAGAUGAACGCUGACCAGAAGAUGAUCGCCAGCUCAGUAGAGGAUGUGCACAACCUUCUAGACAAACACAAGGAAUUUUUCCAAGGUUUGGAGUGGCACAUGGUCCUCACCGAGACAUUCUACAAAAAAAUCAGUGCCUUUGUUUUGCCACGUGAGCGUCAGACUCUGGAGGAGACACUAGCCCGGGCUCAGGAUGUGCUUAAGCAAGCGCACAAAAAAGGAGUUGAGCUGGAGUGCAUCUCAGAGACGUGGAGUCGUCUAGUUUCAGACUAUCAGAACUUGUACCGAUUGCUAGAGGAUGUGGAGGGAAGUCUGCCGAGCAUCGGCCUGGUGGAGGAGUCAGAGGAGAGACUGAAUGAAAGAAUAGAGCUCUAUCAGGCCCUUAAAGCCAGUCUGACGGAGCACCAACACAAGCUGCAUCAGGUGCUGGAGGAAGGGAAGCAUCUUCUGUCAUGUGUGAGCUGCUCCAGCUUGGAGAACCAGCUCACUCUUUUGGGCGAGCACUGGCUCAACAACUCCACCAAGAUCAACAAAGAGCUACAGAACCUGGAAUCCAUCCUGAAGCACUCAACAAGGUAUAAGCGUGAGUCUGUUGAAUUGAGUCGCUGGCUACAGGAAGCUCUGGAACGCUUGGACUUCUGGAACACACAGUUUGUUGCUGGUCCUCAGGAACUGGAGACCGUUAAAGACCAGUUAUCAGCUUUUCUGGAGUUCAGUAAGGAGGUGGAGACCCGCUCCAGUCUGAAGGCCUCUGUACUGAACGAGGGAAACCAGCUGCUCAGACUCAAGAAGAUGGACACCGCGUCCCUGCGGUCUGAACUCGCCCGUCUGGACUCUCAGUGGUCCGAACUGCUCGCCCGCAUUCCCGUAGUUCAAGAGAAACUCCACCAGUCUCAGAUGGAUAAGCUAGCAUCCCGUCACGCUAUCGCUGAGCUUGUGAACUGGAUUUCAUUGAUGGAGAGAGUGAUAGAAAAGGAUGAGGAGAAUCUCAAAGGGGCUGUUGGGUCAAAGGUCAUCCAGGAGUACCUGCAGCGAUACAAGGGCUUCAGAGUGGAUGUGAAUUGCAAACAGCUCACUGUGGACUUUGUGAAUCAAUCAGUGCUCCAGAUCAGUGGUGCAGACGUAGAGAGCAAACGCAGCGAUAAAACAGAUUUUGCGGAGAAACUUGGCGCCAUGAACUGCCACUGGCAGAUACUGCAGACACGUAUCACAGAGAGGGUGAGACUUCAGCUGCAGCACACUUUUCAAACUCUAUUCAGACUUUUGGUAGAUAAUUUCAUUCUGUGCUUUUUACAUACGUUAUAUACUUUUAAGAAAUUUACGAUUUGUGUGUGUUUUGUGGUAUUCAGGUGGAACAGUCUGCAGGAGGAGAUUGUGGAGCGUCUGAAGAGCAGCAAGGCACUCCUGCAGCUGUGGCAGAGCUAUAAAGAUCUUUAUGGACAGAGUGACUCCAGCAUCCAGACACUAGAGGAGAGAGCAAACCAGAUGCUCAAGACAGCCAGCCACAAAGACAUCACAGAGGAGGAAGUGUCCACCUGGAUCCAAGACUGUGCUGAGCUGCUGCGCUCUCAGGCUCCCGUCCAGGCGUCUCUGCAGGUUUUACUGGAGCUGGGAGAGCAGCUCAAACAGCAGGUGGACACAUCAGCUGCGGCCUCCAUCCAGUCUGACCACCUGUCUCUCACCCAGCGCCUCAGUGCUGUAGAGCAGAGCCUGAGCCGACAGCAGGUGGCGCUGCAGGCUGGAGUUCGGGACUAUGAGACAUUUAAUGAGCAGUUGGACUCUCUGUCCCGCUGGAUCGUGGAAGCUGAGGAGAUUCUGAAAGGCCAGGAUCCCAACGGUUCCUCUGACCAGUCACUCAUCCAGGACCGCAUGGAGGAACUCAAGAAACAAAUGCUGAAGUUCAGCAGUAUGGCUCCUGAUCUGGAGAGGCUGAAUGAACUGGGUUACAGACUCCCUCUCAACGACUCUGAGAUCAAACGCUUGCAGAACCUCAACAGAAGCUGCUCCACCACCUCAGCUCAGACCACUGAGAGAUUCAGCAAACUUCAGGCCCUGCUACUACAGCAGCAGACGUUUCUGGAGAAGUGUGAGACGUGGAUGGAAUUCCUGGUGCAGACGGAGGAGAAACUGACCGUGGAGAUUUCCGGAAACUUCCAGAGCCUGAUGGAACAGCAGAGAGCUCAUGAGCUGUUUCAGGCAGAGAUGUUCAGCAGACAGCAGAUCCUUCACUCCAUCAUCAGCGAUGGACAACGCAUGCUGGAGCAGGGACAGGUGGACGACAGAGAUGAGUUCAAGCUGAAGCUGGCUCUGCUCAGUAACCAGUGGCAGGGGGUGGUGAGACGGGCACAGCAGCGCAGGGGCAUCAUAGACAGUCUCCUGCGGCAGUGGCAGCGCUACAGGAAGAUGGUGGAGAAGCUGAGGAAGUGGUUGGUGGAAGUGUCCCAUCAGGCAGAAACCCUGCUGGCGGGCACACCUGUGCCACUGCAACAGGCACGAGCCAUGCUGGAUGCAGUUCAGCUGAGGGAGAAGGUUCUGCUGAGGCAGCAGGGCAGUUACAUCCUGACGGUGGAGGCAGGGAGACAGCUGCUUCUGUCUGCUGACACACGGGCCGAAGCGGCUCUACAAGAGGAGCUGCUCGACAUACAGGAGCGCUGGAGACACGCCAACAUCCGCCUGGAGGAACAAAAGAAAGAGCUUGCCGUUCUGCUCAGGGAUUGGGAGAGAUGUGAAAAAGGUAUCGGAGGAUCUCUGGAGAAACUGAGAGCUUUUAAACGCCAGCUGUCCCAGCCGCUUCCAGAUCGCCAUGAGGAGCUGCAGUCUGAACAAAUGCGCUGCAAGGAUCUGGAGAGCAUGUUUGACGGCUGGAAGGAGGAUUUGACCCAUCUGACGGUGUUGAGAGAGUCUCUGUCCAGUUACAUCAGUCCUGAGGAUCUGCGCGUGCUGCAGGAACGGAUUGAGCUCCUGCACCGCCAGUGGGAGGAGAUCUGUCACCAGUUGUGUCUGCGCAGGCAGCAGGUGAGUGAGAAGCUGAAUGAAUGGGCCAUCUUCAAUGAUAAAUAUAAGGAGCUGUGUGAAUGGCUGACGCAAAUGGAAAGCAAAGUAUCCCAGAAUGGAGACAUCAGCAUCGAAGAGAUGAUUGAGAAACUACGAAAGGACUAUCAGGAAGAGGUGGCGGUGGUUCAGGAGAAUAAACACGAGCUCCAGCAGCUGGGUGAACGUUUAGCUCGGGCCAGUCAUGAGAGCAAAGCCUCUGACAUCGAACACAAACUCAGUAAAGUCAACGAACGCUGGCAGCACCUGCUCGACCUCAUUGGGGCCAGGGUGAAGAAGCUGCGGGAGACUUUAGUGGCCGUUCAGCAGUUGGAUAAGAACAUGAAUAGUCUGCGCUCUUGGCUCGCCCACAUCGAGACCGAACUGUCCCGUCCCAUCGUCUACGACACUUGCGACUACCAGGAGAUCCAGAGGAAACUAGAUCUACAGCAGGAGCUGCAGAGAGACAUCGAGAAGCACAGCACAGGUGUGGCGUCAGUGCUGAACCUGUGUGAGGUUUUGCUGCACGACUGUGACGCGUGCGCUACGGACGCCGAGUGUGACUCCAUCCAACAGGCCACACGCAGCCUGGACCGCCGCUGGAGGAGCAUCUGUGCCAUGUCCAUGGAGAGGAGACUCAGGAUUGAGGAGACGUGGCGUCUCUGGCAGAAGUUUCUCGAUGACUUCUCACAUUUUGAGGAGUGGCUCAUGUUGUCGGAGAAGACAGCCGCGCUGCCAAACUCUUCAGGUGUCCUUUACACUGUUGCCAAAGAGGAGCUCAAGAAAUUUGAGACGUUCCAGCGGCAGGUGCAUGAAAGUUUGACACAGCUGGAGCUGAUCAAUAAACAGUAUCAGCGACUGGCACGUGAGAAUCGCACUGACGCGGCCUGUAGUCUGCGAGAAAUGGCCCACAAUGCCAACCAGCGCUGGGAUAACCUGCAGAGACGAGUGUCCUCCGUCCUACGCAGGUUAAAGCACUUUAUAAGUCAGAGGGAGGAGUUUGAGACGGCACGAGACUGUAUCCUGGUCUGGCUGACAGAGAUGGACCUGCAGUUAACCAACAUUGAGCAUUUCUCCGAGUGUGACGUCCAGGCCAAAAUCAAACAGCUGAGGGCGUUCCAGCAGGAGAUCACUCUGAACACUGCCAAGAUUGACCACAUAUUCCAGCAGGGUGAAGCUCUUCUGGAAAAGAGUGAGCCGAUAGAUGCUGCUGUGAUUGAGGAAGAGCUUGAAGAACUGCAGCGUUACUGCCAGGAAGUGUUUGGACGUGUGGAGCGCUACUACAAGAAACUUAUACGAUUACCGCUCACAGACGACGAACAUGACGUCUCGUACUCGGACCGUGAGUUUGAUCUGGACGAGCCUGCUGACGUGUCCAGCUUUCCGUGGAGUGAGCGUCUGGGCGAUGGUUUUCUGUCCCCUCUGCCCUCCUCCAGUCGCUCUGCGUCGCUGGCCGUUCCUCUACGGGCCGAACGCUCGGGCCGAGACACUCCAGCCAGCGUGGACUCCAUCCCUCUGGAGUGGGACCACGAUUACGACCUGAGCCGGGGUCUGGAGAGCACCAGCAGAGCCUUGUCCUCUGAACCAGGAGAUCAGGGAGAAGAUGGAUACCUGCAGAGCUCAGCGUCCGCCCUUUCAGAUGUAGUGAUUCCAGAGAGUCCUGAGGCAUAUCUCAAACUUACUGAGCAUACUCUGAGGUCCAGCGCUGGUGAUGCUGGAUCACUGGAGACUCACAUCAGACAACUGGAUAAAGCUCUCAACACCAGCUGCUUUCAUCUGCAGCAGACAGAGAACAUCAUACGCAGCCGGACUCCCACCGGCCCUGAGCUGGACGCCACCUACAUGGGUUAUAUGCGUCUUCUUGAAGAAUGUCGUGGCAGUAUAGAUGCAGUAAAGCGAGUGGGAUUUGAGCUGAAAGAAGAGGACGACAAGGUAUCAGGUUUCGUCAACCCCAACAGCUCAGAGUCCCAAACUUCAGGUGUGAUCGAGCGCUGGGAGCUGCUGCAGGCUCAGGCUCUCAGUAAAGAGAUGCGCAUGAAGCAGAACAUGCAGCAGUGGCAGCAGUUCAACUCAGACCUGAACAGCAUCUGCAGUUGGCUGGACCAGGCAGAAGAAGAGCUGGAGCAGCAGCGGGGACUGGACCUCAGCACGGACAUACAGACCAUCGAGCUACGCAUCAAGAAACUCAAGGAGCUGCAGAAGGCUCUGGAUAAGCGUAAGGCCAUCGUGCUGUCCAUUAACCUCUGCAGCGCUGAGUUUGUGCAGUCGGACAGCGAGGAGGCGCGAGACUUGCAGCGACGGCUGAAGGAGAUGAAUAACCGCUGGGAGCGUCUCAGCAGCUCUCUGGACGAGUGGAGGAACGCGCUCCAGCACGUGCUCAUGCAGUGCCAGGACUUCCAUGAGAUGAGUCACGGUCUCCUUCUGUGGCUGGAGAACAUCGAUCGCAGGAGGAAUGAGAUCGUCCCGAUUGACCACACUCAGGACAGCGAUACCCUACAGGAGCAUCACAAAACACUUCUGCAAAUCCGCCGGGAGUUGCUGGACACGCAGUUGAAGGUGGCGUCCCUGCAGGACAUGUCUCUUCAGCUGCUGGUCCACUCGGAGGGCAGUGACUGUCUGGAAGCCAAAGAGAAGGUGCAUGUGAUCGGGAACCGUCUCAAGCUGUUGCUGAAGGAGGUGACGAGAGACAUCAGAGAGCUGCAGAAGACCCUGGACAUCAGCAGCAGUCAGCAGGACUUGUCAUCUUGGUCGUCUGCUGAUGAGUUGGACACUUCCGGUUCCCUGAGCCCCGUGUCUGGACGCAGCACUCCCAGUCGCCAGCGAUCGCCAUGGGGCAAAAGUAGUCUGUCACAGCCCGGAGCCUGUGUGAGCAGUCCACUUCACAGCAGGUCUCGCAACGCCGCUGGAUCCGGUUCCUCCCAUUCUGACGAGGAAGAACCUCCAUCCUGGUGCAAAACCUUCCUGAAGCGUGUCCUCUGGGCCGCGCUGCCCCUGCAGAUCAUCCUGCUGCUGGUGGUGGUGGUGGCCUGUCUUGUGCCUACGUCUGAGGACGACUACAGCUGUGCCCAACUCAACAACUUCGCCCGCUCCUUCCACCCAAUGCUCAGCUACAUCAACGGGCCUCCGCCUAUAUGAGCUUCACUUUGAAGUCAAAACGGCAGCUCAGCAUCGGGUUUCCCUCUAAAUUUGGCAGCCAUUAUUGUGUCCUUGUACAGCAAAUAGAGCUGCUAAUUCUACAGUAUGUCACUGAGUCUCGUGUAGAUGUUAGAACGAAGCCUGUUGCACUGAAAACUGCUGUUGUUAGUGCUACUGAUGUUCUUCCAUGUUUGAUAGGAAGGAGGAAACUAGAGCGUAGGAUAUUAACUCAACACUGAGAGUUAAUCAGGUCUAUAGGCCUUUUUUAAUCAUGGACAGAUCAGGUUUAUUGGGAAAGAAACUGAAAGGUGUUGGAUUGCUUGUAUCAAAUGAAUAACUUGUAAAA